AGCAACUGGUCGGACCUGGUUGGUGUUAUCUCGGAUGAAGGCUGACAGAGGGAGAUCUCUUUUGGCAUUACCCAACACAGCCACAGAUGCAGCUGAGAAUCCAAGCCUUGUGGAGCAGCAGAGGGUGAGCAUCCCUCUGCCACGUGCCCUUGGAGGGCAGGCACAAAGCUGUCCUGCUUCUCUCCAGGCUCCUCAAAGAGCUUCUGCAAGGUUUGCCAUGAGCAACGGAGAGGUUGACCCUGAGAACUUGCUCUGAGCCUUGUCAAGAUGCUUGCAGUAUGGAUCACUACUCUUUUUCUUCUCAAUGCAGCCAGAGGAAGGGAAGUUUGCUACAAAAGGCUUGGAUGCUUUUCAGACAGCCCCCCAUGGGCUGGGAUCCCGGGGAGACAACUGGCAGGUUUGCCCAGCUCUCCAGAUGCUGUGAACACAAAUUUCCUCCUUUACACAAGAGAUAACAUGGUGAAAUACCAAAAAAUUUCAGCUACAAAUCCUUCAACUAUAAAAGCUUCGAAUUUCCAAGCACACAGGAAAACUCGUUUCAUUAUCCAUGGCCACCUUGCCGGUGCAGAUCUCCCCUGGAUAACAAGCAUCUGCAGGUUCAUGUUUCACUCUGAAGAUGUGAACUGCAUUUUGACAGACUGGAGGGGUGGCUCCAGUGGUCUGUACACAGACGCCGUCAACAACGUCCGCAUUGUGGGGGCCGAGCUGGAGUACCUGGUGAACUUCCUCGAGAAAGAGUAUGGCUACUCUCCUGCCAACAUCCAUUUCAUUGGCCAUAGCCUUGGAGCACAUGUUGCAGGGGAGGCAGGGAGGAGGAAGCCUGGCAUUGGAAGAAUAACAGGUUUGGAUCCAGCUGGGCCCCUUUUCCAGUACACUCCCACAAUGGUUAGGCUGGAUCCUUCAGAUGCAAAAUUUGUUGAUAUAAUUCAUACUCAUGCCGGUCAUCUUUUCUUUGACUUUGCUCCAGGGAUUCUUCAGACUUGUGGCCACCUGGAUUUUUACCCAAAUGGUGGGAAGAAGAUGCCAGGAUGCAAGCAGCUUCGUGUGCCUCCUGCAACUCGGGAUAUCAAUGAUCUGAUGAGAGCAUACAGAUCUUUUGGAUGUGGACAUAAAAGAAGUCUCAGGUAUUAUGCUGAAAGCAUCAUCACUCCAAAUGGAUUUGUUGGGUACCAGUGUGACACAUACCGAGAGUUUGUGCUGGGAGACUGCUUUCCAUGUCCAGAAGAAGGAUGCCCACUGAUGGGUCAUUAUGCUGAUAAGUUUUUACAUAAAACUGAAAAAGAAGAGCAAAAAGUUUAUUUAAACACAGGGCCCUCCCCUCCAUAUGCUCGCUGGCGAAAAGAGAUACACGUCAAAGUAUGUGCAACAGAAACCAUGAAGGGAAAUAUAGAUAUAGCCUUGACUGGAACUAAUGGGUUCAGAAAAAAAUACACCAUUGACAAGGGAACUUUCAAACCUGGCAACACAUACUUGAACUACAUUGAUACAGAAAUUUCUGGGAACAUUUCAAAAGUUGAGUUUCUCUGGAAAAAGCAACUAGGUCAUGCAGACAGAGGCUGCAUGGGAGCUGAAGAAGUCAGAAUAAUAUCUGGGGAAAAUGGGAAUAUGUCUGUGUUCUGUGGGUGUGGAACUGUGCAGCCCAGCAUGUGGCAAGCUCUGGCUCUUUGCUGAGGGCCAGGAAUGCCCAACCCUCGCCAGCUGCAAGAGGACACUGCAGUCAACAACAAAGGAUUAACAAGCCUCCCUCAACAGACUUUGAGAAAUUUGUCCAGCCCUCUUUAAAAGCUCAAUUUCCAAGUUAGUGCUGUCACCUUUUCUCCGUGCAGGGCAGCUACACUCCUGUGAACUAUGGUUACAAAGACAGCAAACACGUUACUAAUAACCAGCUGGACUUUUUUCUAUACCUGAAUCAGGCACCUCCUUUAUCAAAACUGACUGAGGAACUUGAAUUUUCUGGCAGCCUUCAAUAAGAAACUAUUUCCUCUUUGCCAGUGAAACUGAAUUUUCCAGCUCUCCUUUGCCUUUGUGAAAAUGCUGAAGUCAGACUUGAGCUACAUGAUUUGGAUUAGCAUUGCCAGUCCAAAUUUGUCAGCAUUUUGAUUGUACUGGUCAGCAAAACCAGACCACUAAGAGUUAUCAGCAUCAGCCAAAAUAAGCUAAAGUUCUUUUGUUUCAACACAAGCUAGCCACAAAAAUUCUUUCAUUUUUUAAUUACCAGCUGUUGUCUGAGGCAUGCAACAGAUUUCUGCCUCUGACGUGAAGUUUAUCAUAUGGGUGCAGAAAUUAAGUGUAUCAAUCACAUUGGGCAAUUCUGUGGUGUCCCAUCCUGACAACCAGCUAUCCCAGAAUGCUCCCAGUGAGGUGCCCCAAAAGGUGUUGGUGUGUUACACAAGGCUGAAUGUGGCUGAUGAACAGGUGUGUUUCAAAUUAUGCAGCAAUACUUUUGAGAUGUCAGAACCCUGUCACCUCCUGUGCAGUUUGCUGAAGGAGCUUGCUCAGGAUAUUUGAUAAAUCAGGUGUCUGCCUUCUCAGAGUCACUCUUCAGUACCCUUUAUUUAUCCCCACGAGCAGGGUGGGACCAGAAACCAUCUUGAGCAGGAAAUUCAUCCUUUUUUACCCCUUAAGGAAGCUUCUUGGCAAUUUUCCCUUCUUGAGCAAGAAGGGGCUCCCCUCUCCUGUGCUCCCUGGAGAUAUAAAAAAGCCCCAGGUAUUUCUACACAGUUUGGAAAUAUCUGUAACUGGAAAUUACAACAUCUUGAACAUCCUCCAUAAACCAUGCAUGGCUCUCUGCCCCAGAGUUGCACAAAUUAAGGAAACUCUGUUCUAUUGCCUUUCUUACAGUCAGGAACUGAAAAAAAAUAAAUGUAAGUAUUUUCCUCAGGAUCACAAAAACCUGUGCAGCAGGGGCAGGAACUGGGUUUUAUGGCACAAACAGGAGUGUGAUCAGUGCAUCACUCCUCACAGGAAGGAAACAAGUCCUGUUGGACUCAAGACUUCUUUAAAGCUCAUCCUCUCCUUCCUCCAUACUUGCCUGUGCCCCUUUUGCAAAUCUAAAAACUAAUUCGAUGUUUUUAUGAAUAAUAAAACAUAUUCUUUCAAAAAUACAAA